UAUGGGCAAGAGAAUUAGAGCAUAGAGAAAAGGAAAGUCUAACAGUGUCUUCAAGGCUCAUCAAAACUAAAGGGUUGGUAGCCCAUAAUACAGACAUCUUGAUUAUGCUGAGAGACACGGCUAUGUGAGAGGUGUGAUUGUAGAAAUCAUCCAUGAUCCAGGAAGAGGUGCUCCAUUAGCUAAGGUGGAAUUUAAUGAUCCAUACAAAUACAAGAAGGUCACCAAACUCUUUAUUGCUCCUGAAGGAUCAUACACAGGAUAAUAUAUUUAUUGCGGAGCUAAAGGUACUUUAAUUAUUUAUAUACCCUUAAUAGCUCAAUUAGCCACAGGAAAUGUACUUCCAAUUGGUUAAAUCCCUGAAGGUACAGUCGUAUGCAACUUGGAAGAACAUCCAGGAGAUAAAGGAGCUUUGGGAAGAGCCACUGGUUGUUAUGCUACCAUUAUUGGUCAUUCAGAUGAUGGCACAACUACUAGAGUCAGAUUACCAUCUGGUACAAGAAAAACUCUCAGUGCUCUCUGCAGAGCUACAGUAGGUAUAUAAAUAUUCUAUGAAUUAGGAUUGAUUGCUGGUGGAGGUAGAACUGAAAAGCCUAUUCUUAAGGCAGGUAGACAAUUCCAUAAAUACAGAAGACUUAGAAAAUGUUGGCCAAAAGUUAGAGGUGUAGCAAUGAAUCCAGUUGAUCAUCCUCAUGGUGGUGGUAACUAACAACAUAUUGGUCAUCCAUCAACUCUUUCCAGAUAUGCCCCACCAGGAUAAAAGGUUGGUUUGGUUGCUGCCAGAAGAUCUGGUCUUCUUAGAGGUGGUGCUUAACUCAAACAAAUGGACGAAGAUUUAGCAGCACAAUAAGCAAAAAAAUGAG